CUCUCUCUCUCUCUCUCUCAGUCUCUCUCUCUCUCUCUCUCUCUCUCAGUCUCUCUCUCUCUCUCUCUCUCUCUCUCUCUCUCUGUGUUUAGGGUGUAAACUGUGGGUGUUUUAUUGUGGAUUAUUUCGGGGUGCAGGAAGGCGCAGGAGAAAUCCGCAGUAAUGCUGAAGGGAAUCUUUCCGCCUGUUGAAACGCUGUGAAAAGCUCUGGAUCUCCUCCGUCACUAAAAACUGAUCUUCUGUCUUCAGAUUUCUGGGUGGAGUAAAGAGAGAAAAAAAACAAACAAACAAAAGAAAACCAUAAAAAAAUCAAAAGAAGGCCAGAUAUGGAUGAGAACUAGGACCUGGAGCUUCCACAGGACUACAGCUCUUUCUGCUUUCUUUCUUUUUCAUGAGGUUACACUGACAUUAUGAUGGAGUGAUGAUGAUGAUGAUGAUGAAGAUAGUGAUGAUCAUGAGGAUGAGGAUGAUGUGGAAUGAAGUAGGUUUGAUCUAAAAUGGAGCUCCAUGGAGUUUGAGCGUGAGAGGAAAUCUGUUUCCUGGUCAGGGGGGUGGGGGGGGUAAGGAAGAUUAUUAUUAUUAUUAUUAUUAUUAUUAUUAUUAUUAUUAUUGUGAAUGCAUACAAACCGAGAAUUGAAGGACAAAAGAACGGAAACGAAGAAGACAAUCGCGUGGAGAACAUAAUGUUCCAGGCCUGGUUGGAGAACUUAUGUGGAGUAUCUAAAAGGUCUACAAGGUAGAUUCGGAAAAAAGAGGGGAGAACGUGACCAGGCCUGGGUUUGGAGGAGCAGAACUUGACGAGAAGAACUUCACAUGCCUGGCCUGGUUUGUAGAACUUUGUAGAUGCUGAUCUAAAGCGUCUUGUUAGUGAAAGAAGUAAAGGAACAGCUGUCUCAGCUUGGAUUGGAGGAACUGAAGUGAUUGAGAAGAUCAAGUAGUCGACUAGGGAAAGUAGGAGGCCUUACUUGAGUUAAAAAGAUACACAGGAACAUAGUGUGACUGGUGUUUUGGAGAACUUUCAUUCUAAAAGGCUUUCUAUGUGGACCUAAAAAAAAGGACAUAACGGAUCUGGAUAAAGAAAAGGAGGAGUAGAGAACCUGAGUGAAAGAGGAAAGAUCUAGCUAGGCAUCCUGGCUUGGAGAACAUAACAAGACGAGAAGAAGAGGAAGAGGACAAAGCGGGAGUGAAGCAUGGGCUGUGCUUCCAGCAUCCAUAUCUCGGAUCGGGUGGUGUAUCAUAGUGGAAAAGAGUCUGAGGACUGCCCCCCACACUCCCCCCCACAGGGCAACAACACCCAGAACUGCCCCAUCAAGGCCUCGGAGUACAAGAGCUCACUGACCGAGGUGCAGUUUGGACCAAUGAAGUUAUAUGAAGAUCAGAUUCAGGUACUGUUGGUGUUCAGUAGAGAGGACAGUCAGGGCGGGGCUUUCAGCAAUGCGUGUGAGAAGGCGGGGUUUAAGUUCAGCGUUGCUCGCUCUCCUGAUGCUGCUCUGCACUGCUUCCUGGAGAAACACCAUGACAUCAUCAUCAUCGACCACCGACAUUCCAGAAACUUCAAUGGGGAGCAGCUCUGCCGCUCCAUCCGUGCUCUCAGCUGCUCUCAGAACACUGUUAUUGUUGCUGUUGUGAAAAGGCCGGAUCGUGAAGAAGCCACUGUGAUGCCUCUGUUGUCUGCUGGAUUUAACAGGCGCUAUAUUGAGAACUCCAAUGUGAUGGCCUGCUACAAUGAACUCAUUCAACUACACCAUGGAGAGAUUCGUGCUCAGAUCAAACUUAGAGCCUGCAAUGCCAUUUUUACAGCGCUGGAACAAAGUCAGGACGCUAUAGAGAUCAGCAAUGAAGACCAUCUAAUAGAAUAUGUAAACCCAGCAUAUGAGAGUGUAAUGGGAUAUCAGCAUGGAGAGUUAAUGGCAAAAGAGAACAUUGAAGUGCCUAAAAGUGAGAAGAACAAACCAGACCUGCUGGAGAGCAUCAACUCUUGCAUCCGCAAGGGCAAGGAAUGGCAGGGUCUUUAUUAUGCCAAAAAGAAGAAUGGCGACAGCGUGCAACAGAAUGUGAAGAUCACACCUGUCGUAGGACAGGGAGGUAAAGUCAGACACUAUGUGUCCAUAAACAGGCCUUUAAAUGACAAUAACAAGUCUGAACGGACAAGUGAACGAGUCCAGGCUGAAUCACAGACAGACAUUCAGUCCAGUAAACAUAAAGACCGGAGGAAAGGAUCUCUGGAUGUACGAUCAACUACAUCACGAGGGAGUGAUGGAAGUUCCCAAAGGCGACACUCUUCUAUGGCUAGAAUUCACUCCAUGACCAUAGAGGCUCCUAUUACUAAGGUGAUAAACAUCAUUAAUGCGGCUCAGGAGAGCAGUCCAAUGCCAGUGGCUGAAGCACUGGACCGAGUGCUGGAGAUCCUCAGAACAACAGAACUCUACUCACCUCAGCUUGGCACCAAGGAUGAGGAUCCACACACGAAUGACCUUGUUGGGGGGUUAAUGACGGACGGACUGCGCAGGUUAUCAGGGAAUGAGUAUAUCUUCUCAGCGAAACAGCCGCAUCACAUCCCGAGUCACCUGACCACGCCCCUGUCUCUGAACGACAUCCCCCCUCGUGUCGCACAAACCAUGGAGAACGAAGAGUCAUGGGAUUUUGACAUCUUUAGCCUGGAGGCAGCGACCAUGAAAAGGCCGCUGACAUAUUUAGGGCUGAAGAUCUUCUCACAUUUUGGAGUGUGUGAGUUCCUGAACUGUUCAGAGGCGACACUGCGCUCAUGGCUACAGGUCAUCGAGGCCAAUUAUCAUGCCAGCAACUCGUACCAUAACUCCACCCACGCCGCCGAUGUGCUGCAUGCCACCGCCUACUUCCUGUGCAAGGAGCGUAUUCAGCAAAGCCUGGAUCCGAUAGACGAAGUUGCGGCUCUGAUUGCGGCGACGGUGCAUGACGUCGAUCAUCCGGGACGAACAAACUCCUUCCUGUGUAACGCAGGAAGUGACCUCGCUAUUCUGUACAAUGACACGGCCGUGUUGGAGAGUCACCACGCCGCACUAGCCUUCCAGCUCAGCACACGGGACGACAAGAACAACAUCUUUAAAAACAUGGAGAGGAACGAGUACCGGACGUUGAGGCAGGCCAUCAUCGACAUGGUUCUAGCCACAGAAAUGACCAAACACUUUGAACACGUUAACAAGUUCGUCAACAGCAUCAACAAACCGCUUGCUGCCUUGGAGGAAAAUGGGAGUACCAGUGAUGAUGAUGUGAAGGGGAUCCUCAGCGUGGCGGAGAACCGGAUGCUGGUGAAGCGGAUGCUGAUUAAGUGUGCUGACAUCUCAAACCCCUGCAGGCCGCUGCAGCUGUGUGUGGAGUGGGCGGGGCGGAUCUCAGAGGAGUACUUCGCUCAGACGGAUGAAGAGAAGAGACAGGGUCUGCCUGUGGUCAUGCCUGUGUUUGACCGGAACACCUGCAGCAUUCCCAAAUCCCAGAUUUCCUUCAUCGACUACUUCAUCACUGACAUGUUCGAUGCCUGGGAUGCGUUUGCGGAUUUGCCGAAUCUCAUGCAGCAUUUAGACAACAACUUUAAAUAUUGGAAAGGUUUGGACGAACGAAAACUACACAGCCUGAGACCACCGCCGGAGUAGUUCAUCACACACACACACACACACACACACACACACACACACACACACACACAGAGAACACUACUGCUCUGUCUCUCUCACGGACUAAAUAAAAGCGUCUCUCUUUAAACCUGGACUUUAUGACGGUGUGAGACUCAACGCCCCCUGCUGGUGGACAUGAAAAACACAAUCGGACUACACAUGGGGCCUUCCUGUGCACGGCUUUACAGGGUGUGUGUGUCUGUGUGUGAGAGAGAGAAUGUGUGUGUGUGUGUGUGUGUGUGUAUAAAGAGCAUCAUGAAACACUACUUUCAUCCUAGGUCCCUCUGAUCCCGUCCUCACUCAUCCACUCGUCUGUCCGUAUUUAUUUUUGUCCUGGUUGUUGUUCUACACUAAUCAUUAAUGAAGCAAGUAAUGUGUAGCUCAAACCAUGAAUCUCAGAAGCCAAAGCUGAUUUAACACACACACACACACACACACACACACACACACACACACACACACACACACACACACCCUAUGACUUGUCACUCACAUCACCCUGUCUGUCAGUGUGAGACCACAGCGGUGUUACUUCCUGUUGCAGUGUGGAGGGUUGGGCAUGUGCGGAUCAUCACUCAGAUUACCCAUCACCAUGUUCACCGCACACACACACACACACACACACACACACAUUGAUUCAGGAACAGCAUGUGGAGGUGUAGAGAUCAGGUUUAACUUUACAAGGGCCUUAGUAUGGAGACUUUGUGUGUGUGUGUGUGUGUGUGUGUGUGUGUGUGUGUGUGUGUCAUAGAAGGCAAUUCAAAUCUCUAUUUCUUCCUUCAUCUAUAUUUUUUUCCUCCAUGCAUUUUCUUUCUCUCUUUUUUCUGUUUUUAUUUUCUCCUUUCAUUCUUUCACUCUCCUCUUUCACUCGCAUUUUCAUUUUAUUUAUUUUCUUCUUUAGCUACUUCUUUUCUACGGUGCCAUUUUAGUGCCACAAUAAAAAAAUGUAAAGGUCAAAUUGGGAAUCUGUAAUAUCUUGAGAAAAAUCCCAGUAAAUGUGGGAAAUGUUUCACUCUUUUGAAUAAAACCGAUGUGGAGAAUUUGUUUAAAUCCUACUUGAACUAUAGUCAGUAAACGGCACUGCGGCGGUUCUGUAGGAAACUUUUAUUAAAAAAUCUAAUCAGAAACAUUGAGGAAGUUGUCUAUUUUGUGCAGUCUGUAUGGUUUCCAUGGUUCCAUCUUCACGCUAUUCGAAAAGGAAACGCUGUUUUUGGAGAGACCAUGAGGAGGAGGAUCAAAGAAAUCGACCCUGAAAGAGUUAAACAGUGACGUGAUAAACGAUUUAUUCUCGUAAUCUAUAUUACAUUUCUUAAGGUGGCACUAAAAUGCUGUCGUCUUUUCCUGCACUCUUCAUUUCUUUCUCUUCUUUCCGUCAUUCCAGGUGAAGUUCUGAUGCGCUGUUGUGAUUUGUUUAUUGUUUACAGUCACGUAAUGUUCAGGUAAUUGGAGGGAUAUGAAUUUUGGCACAUGCCUAAUCAGAUGUGAACGACGGAGUGUGUGUGGAUGUGUGUGUGGAUGUGUGUGUGGGUUUGGGUGUGGGUGGGUGUCUCUCCAGAGCCUCAUGGGAAGGCAGAGUGUUGCAGCAUGGCGAGAAUCUAUGAAACAUGAACCAUGUUUUUGGACUUGAAUGAUUUUUUUUCUCAGUGAGGGUUUUUGUAUCCGGUUUAUCCUACUGAAGAGACUGCCUUAUUUUAUACGCUAUUUAUACAGCACAGCCCACCUGUCUCACUGCGGCGGACGCCUGUCUCACUGCGGCGGACGCCUGUCUCACUGCGGCGGACGCCUGUCUCACUGCGGCGGACAGCCGGACACGUUUGUAAUAACACACCGCUGUAACAGAACGUUGUGUAAAGCUCCAUAUUUUUGUAUUGACUCUGAAUUUUACACUGGAAAAAAAAAUAAAACAGCAGCUGAGGAGGAAGACGAGGGAACGAUGAUGAUGAUGAUGAUGAAGCUACACAGAUCUGUGUCACAUGUUAUGGGUGUAAAGCGAAAUUUUAUUCUGAAAUGCAGAAUAUAAAGGAGUUUUCUCUCA